AUGGCUAGAGCCAGGCGAAUUGUUUUCGACUCGGACGAUGACGACUUCCCGGAACUGCAGGACUUGGGCAGGAACAGAGAGGAGCACAGUAGGCGUUUGAGCCACCCAGCAUCGCGGCCCAAGGAUGUCUCCAGCAGGGGCACAGUCAGGAGGCGCAAGCUUGGCCCACUGUCUGACAGAACUUUGCUCCGGCCUCAGUUGAACAGGGAGCCCUCGCGGACCAUCUUUGACGAUGAUGAAGACUCCGCCAGGCCCCGUCGCACUGAGCUCAGGAAUACCAAGCCACAGCCCGCGGUCAAGAGUCUUGAGCUCGAAACCUCUUCAGACACCGAUUCGGUGCGCGAGGAGACAUUCGUCGAAGACUUCUGCGACGACGACGGGUCCGACUUCGAGGCCAGUAGGGUCUCGGGCUCAGACGAGGACGACUCAUCCGACGAACAACCUCUUCAAAGGUCUCCAUCAAGGCCGAAGCGAUCAGGGACCGCAGGCAGGGGAGUGAGCAAGCCUGGGCAAUCAAAGCGCAGCCCCAGUCCCAGUGCACAACUAUUGGCGGAAGCGAUUGAGGCGCAAGCCCGAAAUGAUCAACGGCAGUCUGGCAAUGAAACCGACAGACCCCAGAGUAUGCUGGCCACCCAGAAGACAAGUACACUGAGGGAAUUCACACCGUCAGACCUCACAAAACCGCUCUCGAAAUUGGAAAUACAUGACUUGGAUCCACCGAGGUCUCAAGAGUCCUCGUCAAGUCCUGAGCGACCCAAUACACCAACAUCUCCGGCCUCAAAACCCAAACAGUCAAGCCUAGUGUCUCCGAGCAAGAAGAUACCGCGCAUACCGGCAACACCUCAUCACCCUGACGUGGAGACUUUUUGGGACCAAGAAUUUAUUGAUGACUGGAACGACGAGCACUCGCCCAAGAAGCAGCUCUUCCUUCCGUCUGUCAGCGGAAGCCCGUCCAAGAGGCCGGCUAGCCCCAGCAAGAAAGGCCAACCCAGCGCGGCGGCGGCAGCCAAGGCUGCGAAGAAGGCCUUCGAGUUGUCCAAGCACGAGCUCGCCGACAGGUUUCUGCGUGAGCUCGACACGCAUAUCACAGAUGGCGAGAUAUCUGAGCUCUCGGCUGCGACAGGUGGCAUCCGCAUCGAUUGGACAAACAAGCUGAACACGACAGCCGGGCGGGCCAACUGGAAGCGUGAGACGAUCAAGCGCAAGGACGGCGAGACGGGCGCCGUCACGUCGGUGCGGUACAAGCACCACGCGUCGAUCGAGCUGGCAGAGAAGGUCAUCGACGAUGAGGGCCGGCUGCUCAACGUCAUAGCGCACGAGUUCUGCCACCUGGCGAACUUCAUGGUCAGCGGUGUUACCACAAAUCCACACGGCAAAGAAUUUAAGGCAUGGGCGGCAAAGGUCACCCGUCGCUUCGGCGACCGAGGCAUCGAGGUGACCACCAAACACAGCUACGAUAUCGACUUCAAGUACGUGUGGGAGUGCACGGCGUGCGGACUCGAGUUCAAGCGUCACUCCAAGAGCAUCCACCCUGACCGGCACCGCUGCGGCGCCUGCAAGAGCGAGCUGCGGCAGACCAAGCCAGUGCCAAGGGGCAGGCCGGGCAAAGAAUCUGACUAUCAGAGAUUCAUGAAAGAGCAGAUGAAGCUGAUCAAACAAGAGAACCCCGCGAGCCCCCAGAAGGAUAUCAUGAAGAUGGUUGCAACGCGGUGGUCUCAGAAGGACAAGGACACGAGCUUGGGGAAUAAGAAGCCGAACUCGUCGUCACAAAUCAGCGGUGAUGGAAGCAGCAAACCAUACAGAGUCGAGGGCGUGGCGCGGGCACUCGAUCAACUAGCACUGAUCGACCUGACUUGA